UAAACAUGGUUGUAUAGAUAGAAUUCAUUUAUUUUGCAAAUAUGGAAAGUGAUAUUUCUCCAAAUCUUCAAAAGUGGAUAAAAAGAUGCUUGAAAAAAGAAUUUGAAGCAAAUAUACAAAAAUCAUUGAGAGAAGACGUGGACAAUAUUAAUAUUGCUCAAAAGAUUAUACGUUCAAAAGAAAUGUCCAUUUUAGUGAAUUCUAUAAGAGCUACAAUCGUUGAACAAUCUGCUUCAAGAUCUACAUCAACUUUACUCUCCGAUUCGCGACCACAGUCAUCCUCCUCUUGCAUCAGUGAUCAAACAAGUGAAGAUUGGAAUUCUCCAUUAAAUAAUGAUGAAUGCUAUAACGUUAUUCUUGAUAAAAUUAAUCAAAAUAAACCUGCUCAUGUAAGAUUAGCUGGUUACGAAAUUUUAUUAAAAAGUGAGCUAUCGAAUUUAAAUAAUAAUCCCAUAUGGGAUACGCUUCAAAAAACUUUAUUGGAUGGUCUUAUAGAUGAAAGUAGAUCUAUUUUUGAAGCUAGUUUACAGGUACACGCUAAAUUGCUCUCUUGUUUACAAUCGUAUGAUGUAUAUACUAAUUUAUUGAAUGGUUUUAAUGCUCAAUACCACUCGCAAAAGACAUUUGAAAUUUUACCUACAUUAAUUUCUGGAAUUAAUUUUAAAUUCUUUUUCCAUGAAAGAAUAUUUCGUAUCAUACAUCUAAUACUUCGUUAUCACGAAGAAAAGUUAAAAAGUGCAAGAAAUCCUGACAAAACUAUAGAACAAUUGAUAGAAGAAUUUAUAAUAUUUUUGAGUACACAUGAAUUUGGAAUUGCAACACAGACAAAAACAUUAAAUAUACUGAAUAUUAUUUCUGUAUUAGAACCACGUGCUGAUUGGAGUAGAAAAUGGAUUGUUAGUCUUGCUACUAGAAAAAUAUUUCUAACUGCUAUAGGGAAAUCACCAAAUUUAUUACAACAAAUAAUGCAUUAUGUACAAAGAGGACUGGAAGAGCCUCCUCAUUCAAUAGCAGUUUCUAUUUACGAUGAUCCAAUGGAAGUUAUUAUUAAUGGAAGUACAGUGGAAACAGUAACUUAUCUUCAUUGUUUAUGUUUUGUAUCCCAACUCUGUGUUUAUAAAGCAGGCCGUGAACUUCUAAAGGAAAAUACAUUUGACAUUCCAUUUUCAGUUUCUGGAUUUUUAACUGCUUCUCUGAGAGCUUUAAAUAAAUUAUCCAUAGAAACAUUAAGCAGUGUAUAUGAUGUUUCUUGUUAUGCUCUACAAUUUGUUUUAGACCAACCAACUAUAUUAUAUGAUUAUGAAUUUUAUCAUAUUGCACUAUGUCAUUUAUCAUCUUUUUCUGAAAAUAACAUUAAUAUAUGGCCACAUACAUUAAAUAUUAUUCUAUGUAUGUUAGACACAGCAGAUGGUUCUACAUUUCUUAUCUCAGAAUGCAAAGAACAUACAGUAAAUUUUGAAAGUAACAUAUCUAAAUGUCCAGCUAUGUUUAUUAUAAUAAUAGCAUCAAAUAUGUUACGGCAACCUUUAUCCAUAAUGAAUGUAGAAUAUCUUGUUAAAUUAUUUGAAGUAAUACAGAAGUUAUUUAAUGUAUUUGAUGCAUAUGAAAUAAUACAGUAUAAAGUAGAAAAAGAAUUUUAUCCUGCUGUAUCAUAUUUUUAUAAGAAAUUAGAUAAAUCUUAUUUUGAAAAUGAAAAUAAAGCUCAACAGAUAAAUAGUGCAAUUAAUACAUUAUUACUUAAGAUGGUAUCUAUACCAUAUGGAUUGAAAAGUCUUGUUCAAGAAUCAUCAGUAUUUCAAGAACUAAUUGAAGGAUCUACUGCACCUUUAAGAAUGUCAUGGACAUCAAUUGAAGUAGUUAACUUUGUAUCAUCUGCUGCCUUUUUUCAUUUGGGGUAUAAUGUAAUUGCUAAUCUUGCACCCCAUGUUCUAUCUACCUUACUCUCAGAAACAUGUAAAAUACUAGAAGAUCCACACUAUUUUCAUGACCCAUGGGAUCAUGAAAAUAUUCAGAAAUUUUUACAUAUACUAAAAAUUUUUUCUCUUAAUUUUAAGUGUUUUUCUGCAUUUAUGUCAAAUAUAAAAGAAUCAUACAAUAAUGAAGAGCACAAUUAUCCACUUAAUUUAUUAGAAUUAUUUAAUGAUUCAGUAAAUUCUGAAUCAAAUUAUCACUAUUUAGGGCUUCUAUCAUUAAAUAUUGUAAUUUGGAAUUUGAAUAUUUGUUUAUAUCUAUUAGAAUUACUGAAUUUUCAGAAUAUCUUGUUAGGAUUUCAAAAUUUGAAUACAGAAGUAAUAAGCGAAAAACUGAAUACAAAAUACAUUGAUGAUUAUACUUUAAUACAACAUAAAAUUAUAUCUAAAACAUAUUUUGUUAAAAGUAAAGACGAAGAAGAAGCUUCAGAACCAGAAGAAUGUAAUUUACCAAAGUUACUUCCAUUGGAAUUAAUCAAAGAAAAUUCAUUCUCAGAAACCGAAUAUGGCACAGAAUUAGAAAGUUUACUUAGAGAAAAUAGAUCUGGAUUAUUAGAUAAUAAUUGGGUCCAACAAAUUAGAGAAGCGUAUAUAGCAUCGCAAGAUCCAAUAAAGAAUACAGUAUUAAUUCAACUAGUUGAUCAGAUGCAGAAAGCAAUUCCUACUUCAGAAUGGGGAGAAAUCUUUCAAUGGAAGGAAAACAUAUCAUCAAACAUAGAUUGUUGGUUUUCAGAAGAAAUACACGGAAUUGAUUUAGUUCUGUAUUAUGCAGAACAAAAUGAUGUUUUGAAAAAUACAGUUGAAAUGAAAGAAAAAUUACAAGAAUUUAUAAAUGCGUGUUAUGCAUUUAUACAAUAUGAAAGACCAGCAAAAUUUGAUGGAUUUGAUUGGUUUUUAUCAACAGUAUUCAUUAUUUGUAAAGGGGAUGUUGACAGAUGCAAAACAUUUAUUAGUCAAUUAAUUCAAUUCCCAGUAAUUCCGUUUUUAUGGUGUAAUUUGGGGAAAGUUGUGGAUAAAAAUAUUAAAGAAGAAUGUGCCACACAAUAUACAUUUAUGCAAAUAUUAGAAAGUAUUGUUAGUAAUGAACUUCCACAUAUCAAAUUUGCACUUAAGAAUGCUUCUGGAGUGGAUUGGUCUUUAAUAUGUAAUUUAAUGGUAUCUCAAUGUUUUUGGGGUAUACUUCCAUUGCCCCAAAUUAUGCAUUUUUUCGCAAUUUGUGUUUUGUUCUCGCCUGAUUAUAUAAUAUAUUAUUGUGUAUCACUUUUAUAUCAUUGUCAAUUUUCAAUAAUGGAAAGCACAACGAAUGGAAAACUGUGGCCAGAACAUAUGGUUUUGGAUGAUUAUCAAUGUCACAACUAUAUCAAAUUUAUGGAUUCAUUAGACAAAAGAUAUGGGAACAAAAUUCUACCAAAAUUUUCCGUUAAAGGAUUUAAUUAACAAGAAUAAAAUAUAAAAAUAGCAAAAGAUUUCAUUUUUUAAUGAAUAUUCAUUAUAUUAAUAAAACAAGAUAAUUAUAUAAAAAAAUAUAUAUAUUAAAUAAUAGAACUACCUUUAAAUAUGUCAACACAAAACGACUUUUAAAACUAUUAUUUUGAAAUAAAUUUAAAUGUAUGUAUGAACGUUUUCACAUAUAUAACUAUUAUUGGUAUGAUAUAAUAUUAAACUCUGA